AUGGUCGCCACUGCCCGCUCCCAGGAGGACUGGGGCCCUGAGCGCUCACCACGCUCCCUCAGGACAGGGUCUGGUUCCUCCGAGAGGCAGGUGCUCAGAGGGGCGAGACAGGAGCUGGGAGGCUGGGCUGUGUCUACACACCCCAGGGGGCACUUCCUGAGGAUCAUCAGAGUUUCUUUACCAGGCAGCCAAGAUCGCUCACCACCUGCAGCGUGUUUUCGGAGGAGGCGGCUGGCACGGAGGCCGGGCUACAUGAGAAGCGCAGCUGGGCCCAGGAUCGGGUUCCUCUCCCCGCCAGUGGGCGCUCCGUUCCGGGCCCAGGGUGGGGCGUGCGGCGAGGAGUCUCAGCGCCCUGAGUCCAGGGCCAGCCCAUGUGGCCUUGACCCUGGAGGCCAGUGGCGAGGUCGCUCAGUUGGGAGCCUCAUUCCCAGGAGCACGGCUGCCUCAGCUCUGGCCUCCGUGGGGCACCGAGGACUGGCUCUGACGGCCGUGAGAGGAAGCCCAGGGCUCCUUGGGGCUCAGCCCCGAGCUGGCACUGCCCUGCCCCAUAGGCUCAGCAGGCUGUGUGGCCCCAGGGCCACUGGCUGUCAAGGGGAGUUGCCGUCCAUGGACACUCGCGAGGCCCCGAGCCCUUGCCAGGAAGCCUGGAACAAAGGCUGUCCAUCCCCGGAGGACGUGAGUGACACCAGCUGCAGCCUCGGGAGUGGCCCCCAGGCCCCCUCUGUCCCUGCCAGCUCUCAGGAUGUCUUUACCUCCAGCUUUAGUUUCAUUCGCCUCUCCUUGGGCUCUGCCGGGGAGCGGGGAGAAGCAGAAGGCUGCCCACCCUCCAGAGAGGCUGAGGGCCCUCAUCAGAGCCUGAAGGAGAUGGAGGCCAAGGCCACCAGCUUGGAUGGGCCCCACGAUCAUCCUCAGCUCCUCUCUCUCCCCUUCACUCUCAAGGCUUCUCAGAGCCUGGCAGACGCUUCCCAGACCUCUGGGGGCAGCCCCGGGCUGGAGUGCCAGACUCUUCCAUUGUUGGACACGGAUGCUGCCUCCUCCUGCUCCCUGGAUCCCUUGUGGUUUGAGGCCAGCAGCCCCGGGGAUGCUCACCGGUGGGACCCCCUGCUCAGCAAAUGUGAGCCAACACUGCUGCACUGUCUGCAGGGCCAGCGGAGACGGCUGGAGGUAAAAUCCUUAAGAUUAAAGCUUCAGAAACUUCAAGAUAAAGCAAUUGAAGAAGAUGAUUAUGAUAAGGGUGAGUUUUGCCUUGUUUAUUGA